AUCCGUUUUAUUAGAUCUACUUAAUCAAUUUCUCCUAAUCAAAUCGCCUUUCAACAACCCUAUCUGUAUCUGUGAAUCCCUCCCUCCAGAAAUGGCUGAUGCUAUACUUUCCUUACUCCUAGACCAGGUAAAAACAAUCAUCGACAAGGCAAAGAAAGAGGUGAAGCUGCUUGUCGGUGUUGAGGAAGAAGUGGAAAAGCUUGAAAGGAAUCUUGAUCUCGUCCUGACCAUGCUCGCGGACGCUGAAGAGAAGAAAACAACCGACAAACUUGUCAAGAUAUGGCUGGCCAGGCUCAAAGAAGCUGCAUACGACAUGGAGGAUGCAUUGGAUGAGUGGAGAUCUGGAGUAGAGCUGGAAGUAAAAGGGGCAGAAAAUGCUCAGGGGAAGGUACCACGACUCUGCAAUUUCUUUUCAAGCUUUUCUUUUCGUCGUGAAGUUGCUGUGAACAUAAAGGAAAUCAAUAGAAGAAUAGAUGAGAUUGUAAAGGAGAAAGAUAGGUAUCAAUUAGAAAGUAAGAAGAUUGAACUUCCAAAACGUCCAGAAACUUCAUCUUUUGUUGAUGUGUCAAAACUAUGUGGUCGGGAUGGGGUGAAGAGAGAAAUAUUGAGUUAUUUGAUGGGAGGGAAUAGUGAAGUGGAGGCUGGGAAACCAAUUCAAACCAUCUCUAUAGUGGGGAUGGGUGGGCUGGGAAAGACAGCUCUGGCACAACUGGUAUGCAAUGACCCUGAUGUUAAACAACAUUUUGAGAGUGUAGCAUGGGUUUGUGUUUCUGAUUCUUUUGAUGAGAAAAGAGUUGCAAAAGCAAUCAUUCAAGGGCUUGAAAACCUUUGUGGUGGCGCAGCAUAUGGCCUAGAAUCAGAUCCAUUGGAGAGGUGGGAUUCACUAAAAGUUACAUUCAAUCUUGGUGCCACAGCAAGUAAAAUUUUAGUCACUACUCGGAAUCUUAAUGUUGCAUCAAUGAUGGGGUCCUCUGACUCACAAAUCAUUCAUCUAAAGAAAUUGGGUGAUGAGGAGUGUUGGUCAAUACUCAGAGAUAUAGCAUUCAGGGGAAAGGACAAGAUGAAGAGUCGAGGAGAUUUAGAGGAAAUUGGGAGGAAAAUUGCAAAAAGAUGUACAGGCUUACCUCUUGCUGCCAAAGUUUUAGGAAGUCUCUUACAGUCUAGAAGUACUAAAGGAGAGUGGCUAACUAUCUUGGAUAGUGAAAUAUGGAAACUAAAUUUGGCACAAAAGGAAAUUUUUGCUCCUUUACUAUUGAGUUAUUAUGAUUUGCCCCAUCCUGUAAGGCAGUGCUUCUUGUACUGUGUACUUUUCCCUAAAGAUUUUGAAUACACGUAUAAUAACAUAACAUCACAUUGGCUGGCACAGGGGUUUUUAGGCUCUGAUCCUAAUGCAGAUUUGGAGUCAGUAGGGCUAGAAUACUUUAACAUCCUAGUAGCCCACUCUUUCUUUCAAGAUUUUAAAAUUUGGAAUGGACAAAUUUAUCAUUUUAAGGUGCAUGAUGUGGUACAUGACUUUGGCAAAUAUUUGGCAGAGGAUGAGUUUGCUACGGAGGUUGUGGAAUCUGAUCAUUUGAGUACAAACUCAGCAAAACACCGUCACUUGUUAGUGAUGGUUGAUAAAAGGAUGACUUUUCCAACAUUCAUUUCUGGUGCAGAAAAGUUGCGAACUCUUGUAACUUAUACAGGAAAAGAUACUUUGACUCCAAAUGCAUUGCGUAGCUUGUUUAAUCAUUGCAGACGCUUAAGGCUGUUGGAUUUUAACCGCCCAACUCAACGUAAUCAUUUAUGUAAUGAAGUACCUGAAGAAGUUGGGAAAUUGAUGCACUUGAGACAUAUAAACUUGGCUUAUAGUAAAAAAUUAGAAACGCUACCUGAAGCACUCUGCAACAUAUUUAAUUUGGAGUGUUUGAAUCUGGAGAGAUGCCAAAAUCUGAAGCAUUUGCCAGAGUCGAUAGGAAAAUUACUCAAUUUGAGGACUAUUGCUACUACUGGUUGCUUUGCUCUAACUCAAUACCCAAAAGACAUCCGGAAAUUAACUUCUCUUAGAAGGGCACACGGGGUCAUUGCUAGAGCUGAUAGGAAUGAUGAUAAAGAAUUUAGCCUUGCUGAUCUUGGAAACUUGAAGCAUCUCCGUACGGUUGCGAUGAAAGUUGUGGGAAAUUCAAUUGAUAAGGAAGAGGCUAGGAAAGCUGAACUUCAGAAUGUGGAGGAAUUAGGGAUAUAUUUGGCUGGAGAAGUUGAGGAAGGUGACAUAAUCGAAGCCUUACACCCGCCUGCAGGCAUAAGAUUUGGUUUCUGCGACAACUAUUGGCUCAUUCCGCGUGGCCUUGAAUUAUAAAAAGUCGGGUGCUCUUCUCUAUGGGGCGCAUGCUUGCUUCCCCAAGGAGUUGAGCCUGCUCGUGGCAAGAGGAUUCUGAAAAUUGAGCGAUAGGUUUCUUCUAUUGUUGAUGAAUAAGGAAGUUGUUCCGGUCUCCGAAGAGAAAAUCUGUUGUCUUAAUUUCUGGUUGUUUUGUAUUUCGAAUAUUAUGUACAAGAAUUGUGUUCCUGUGUGUGUUUAUUUUCUUAACAUGUUAUGCAAAACUCAUCAUGUAUCUCCUGCUUUCAUUGUGUAUACCUGAUAGCAUGAUCAUCAAUC